AUGUCCGCGGCGGCCAUUUGCUCGUUCCGCAAAUCUUAUCGUGCCAAAUUCGAGUUCAUGCGUGUCUACAAUUUCUGGCAACGCAACAUUGCCGGACUCACUUCCUUGGUCCAAGCGAACCGCCAUUGCGAUAUUCACAGUCGCAUCUCGUCUCAACUAAGGCGAUACAGCCAAUCCUAUCCCACCGAAACGAGAGCUGAAGCCGAGCUCAAGGAAUUCUUCAAACGCGUACCAUGGCCGACAACGCCCCAGGAGGAGCGGAUGCUGGUAGCAAGCGUAGGAACCGUAAUAUGGGAAGGUCAGAAUGGAGCAAGCCGUCAAGCCCGAGAUAAGAGAAAGCGUGCCGAGGAAAAGGAAGAGGCAAAGCGCCGCAAGAUCGAGAAUGGCGAAGACGUCGUGAACCCUAUCUACGCCACUGAGUUUUCCAAGGAAGAAAUUGACAAUGAAGAGCGACGCCCUAAGAAGAAGGUGGCGCUUAUGAUCGGAUAUUCAGGAACUGGGUAUUAUGGCAUGCAACUAAUUGAAGAUAAGCCCACUAUUGAAGGCGAGCUGUUCUCGGCCCUGGUGGCUGCUGGUGCGAUUUCCAAAGCCAACGCGACCGACCCGAAGAAGUCCUCUUUUAUUCGCUGCGCCCGGACAGACAAGGGCGUGCACGCCGCGGGGAACGUGGUGUCUCUCAAGAUGAUCAUCGAAGACUCGGAUAUUGUGGAAAAAAUCAACUCCCAUUUGAGCCCGCAGAUCCGCGUUUGGGGCUUGGAGCCUACCGCCAAGAGUUUCAGCUGUUAUCAGAUGUGUGAUUCUCGUGUUUACGAGUAUCUGCUUCCUACCCAUUGUCUGCUUCCGCCUCACCCUAGUACUUUCCUCGGGAAGAAGAUCGUGGAGCUUGCCGAGCAGGCCGGCGAUCUAGAUCAAGUGAACGCGCGGCAAGAAGAGGUCACCGGCUACUGGGAGAAGGUGGACGAGGAGUACAUCAAGCCAAUUCUUGAAACCGUCCCAGAGGACGUUCGAAACAUCAUCCAGCAAUCCCUCUUUGCUGCGGAUUCGGCUCCCCCAGGUCUCGAGAACGAGGAUGAGUCGCAGGUGCAAGCCCCGGAGAAGCCCGCGGAGGAAGCAGCCCAGCCCGAGAAAAAUGACGCUGUUGAAUCAAAGAGCGAAGAGCCCUUUGUGAUGGAUCCUCGCCAAAAACUCAUCCUCGAUACUACCAAGGCGAUCAAAGCCGCCUACAUGAAAGCCCGACGGUCAUAUCGAGCGCCGGCUUCUCGCAUUGCCAGAUUGCAGGAGGCUCUGGACCGGUAUGUGGGUACGCCAAACUUCUACAAUUACACCAUUCAGAAGACGUUUAAGGAUCCGUCAGCCAAACGCCACAUCAAGUCAUUCAAUGUCAAUACGACUCCGGUGGUCAUCAACGGGACCGAGUGGCUCAGUUUGAAGGUUCACGGUCAGAGCUUCAUGAUGCAUCAGAUUCGCAAGAUGGUGGCCAUGGCUACCCUCGUUGUUCGCUGCGGCUGUCACCCUGAUCGUAUCAAAGACUCAUAUGGUCCCGAUCGGAUCGCGAUCCCCAAAGCCCCGGGCCUGGGACUGUUGCUCGAGCGGCCCAUCUUCGACAGCUACAACGCCAAGGCUGCUAGUCUGGGUCGUGGACCUGUCCACUUUGAGCGAUUUACCAAGGAGAUGGACGAGUUUAAGCAACGUGAAAUUUACGAUCGAAUCUUCCGCGAGGAGGAACAAACCGCAGCGUUCGGCAAUUUCUUCAAUCAUAUUGACCACUUCCAGACCAACUUCUUCUUGUACUGCACGUCGGGUGGCAUUCCCGCCGCCAAGCUUGUUUCCGCCCCCGGUGGUUCCCAAGGAGCCGCAAAGGGAGACAACAAGACUGGCAAGGACUCCGGCAGUGCAGCAUUGGCUCAUGUGGAAUCGGAGGACGAGGGUGCACUACCCACGAAUGGGGAGGAAGAAGGAUGA